AUGCAGGGCGGGACUGUGGAGGCGCCUGUCACCUGUCGGAGAAGGAAGUUGCUUAGUCCCUCGGUAUUGCGGAGCGACCCGGGAAGCGAAACCGUGCCGCGUCUAGAGAUUGCCCCUCUCCAGCGCCUACCCCCAACUCCGCCUCCCAGAAGUCACCCCAUCCGUGUGUCUCACGAUUUCCAGAAGCCUCUCACACCCUCCAGUCUGACGUCUUCCUCCAAGUUAUGGUCCAGCGGCGGCUCCGCACCCCUGGUGCCCAACAAGGAACUGGAGAACCUGAAGUUCGUCGGCCAAGGCGGGUUCGGCGCGGUGUUCCGGGCACAUCAUAGGGCGUGGGGCUAUGAUGUAGCGGUCAAGCUCUUGAACUCGAAGGCCAUAUCCCGGGAGGUGAAAGCCAUGGCAAAUCUGCGAAACCAGUAUGUGCUACUUCUGCUAGGGGUCACCGAGAAACUGGAGUGGGAGAAUGUGUGCGGGCCGACCUUGGUGACUCGAUUCAUGGAGAAUGGCUCCCUAUCUGAGCUGCUGCAGCACCAAUGCCCUCGGCCCUGGCAGUGACAGCUUGGCUGCCGCCUGCUGCAUGAGGUUGUGCUAGGGAUGUGUUACCUGCACAGCUUGAACCCGGUACUGCUGCACCAAGACCUCAAGCCCUCCAACGUCCUGCUGGAUCUAGAGCUGCAUGCCAAGCUGGCAGAUUUUGGCUUGUCAACAUUUCAAGGGGGCUCACGAUCAGGGGCAGGAUUCAGUGAGCCAGGGGGCACCCUAAGCUACUUGGCCCCAGAACUGUUAGCUGAUGUAAACCAGAGGGCCACCAUGGACAGUGAUGUCUACAGCUUCGGGAUCUUAAUGUGGUCAGUGCUAGCCGGAAGAGAAGCUGAAAUGGUGGUCCAGACAUCACUGGCACAGGUAGCAGUGUGUGAGAAACAGGAACGCCUUCUGAGUGAGCUGCCGGAGCUGGGGCCCAACACUCCCGUGAAGAAGUUAAUGCAGCACUGUUGGAGCCAUGAGCCCAGGGAUAGGCCCUCCUUCCAUGAUUGCUGAUCAAAAACCUCCGAAGCCUUUCUUCUGGUGCAGGACAAGAUGGAUGCUGCUGUCUCCAUGGUGAAGAAGUUUCUUUCCGAGCAGAGGGGAAGCAAUAGAAGGUUGUCUUUGCUAGAACCAGGCCCAGGAGAGAGAGAAAUGGAUGACCCUGGGAGAAUCAUGGGAAGCCAGUGCUCUUGGAAUGAUUCCAUAGUCUCUGAGAGCCUGAACAACCUACACCUGGAGGAGUGCCCCGGCACUGUUCCUGAAAAAAGCACGAGCCUUACUGAGAAGAUCAGGACACAAGGAGGGCAGGUUCAAGAUACCAGGAUAGCAGGGGCCUCUUCAGAUUCAACUGCCCAACCUCCCCAAACUCCAAAGAUCUCACCUUUCAGAAGCCAGACACCGAACUCCACCUCAGUUUGGGUCCCAGAUCCUGGGACCCAAGGGAAUCAGGGGGCUGAGAGACAUGACAAGAACUGGCCCCACUGGGACUCAGAGCUAAAUCCAAUACCAGCCGUCUAUAGUCCUACAUGGGUGGCAAGAGGUGCAGAUUGGAAACAACAACUACAUGAACAUACUAGGGAGACCCACCCUGCCCACGGAGGGCCCAGCACCUCCCAGCGUGGGUAGGGACUGGCAGAACACCCAGAAGUAGCUUCCGAAGAAGGGCCCCUAAGAGCCUGAAGCGUGGAGUGGGUCACAGGGCGAAUAUAAUAAUGUUAAUUGGAGCACCUUCUAAACUGUCUCAGGGUUGAGGCAGCAAGUGCCACUUCUUGUAGCCACGACUGUCUUGGAGGGCCCACUGGCCUGUGCCCAAGCCGACUUUGUAAACU